CAAGAGUUAAUAUGGGAGCACCGAAUUCCCUCUGCGCAAGGCUACUCAGAAGCGCCGAGGCAGGAAUUUUGCCCGAGCCCCACUCUGGUUCAGCGACGAGGCAGAAGAAGUAAUAGCAGAUCGGCCCGCGUUAAUGAUCUUUCUACUGGAUCGUUGUUGAGAUCCCUUAUUCGGUGUACGCUCUGCUCGAGACGGGCAAUUGCUCCUUUACCCAAAGAGCCGUCUUCCAAGGUUCCAGAGAGGGAUUGUCUUCCAGGGCAGAUUGUCACCAAUGGCAGUAAAACCUGGCUUCUGGUUGACUGGCAUCUACGUGAGGUGAGGGAGACUGGCCAUGUUUUUGCAGGGCUGUUUGGAGCAAGAGGCCGGGAUCCUGCCUUCAGGGAGCUUCCGGUCUAAAGGCGGGGACUGAUCGUCCCCGGCCACUCCCGGUCACGGCGGCUGUCGAGAGCAAAGGCACGGAGGGAUAAAAGUGACGGCCGACCAGGCAGACCGGCUGCCGCUCCGAGGGAACUUGACCGUGCGCCCCGAAGGCUGGGUGCUUCUAGAGGUCGCCCGGAAGCCGGCGGAGCGGAGCGAAGAUGUGAAGUGGCCGGGAGGCCCCCAGCAGCCGGAGGAGACGAGGGCGAGCUCGUGGCCCCACUCCCGUCUCCCCCGUUGGGGUUGGAAGGAAGGAAGCCCCCCGGCCAGAUAGGCCCAAGAAGAGCAACCCCUCCGCUCCCUACCCCAGCGAGACGUUAAGAUGAGUGUCCCUUUGGUCCCAAACAAGUCACGUUACUCCCCGUUGCCGGACAACCGAAACGGCGUGAAGAACGACCGUGAAAGCUCAGCGAGGGUGGGGGACAGGAACGCCAACCCGAUCACGACGCAGGUCACGCCCCGAGAUCGCGAGGCCGCCCGCCGCGAUCCGGUGCGGGCUGUCCCAAAUGCUAACGCAGGUGGGUCAGAGACCUUUCCCCGCUUUGGCCGGGAGGCCCGCCUGCCCCACGGCUUUGGGAAGGCGUUUCAGGUGGGCUCCCUCGGCCUGAAGGAGCCCCGGCUUCCCCCCGCCUCGCACCCGGCGGCGGACGAAGCGGGAGAAGCUCGGAAGGCGCCGCGCCGAUUCCCGGGUUCGAGUCAGUGGGGUCUGCGGAGCUGCGGGGACGAGAGCCGCCCAGAGGGCCCCACUCCAAGAAGGGACGAGUUCUUCCGCCGCAUUUCUCAGAAGGAGGGGGCCCAGGCUCCUGACAGCGAGGCCCGCAAGAGGCACUCUUUAGAGAGGUCGAGCAACUUCUUCCCCAAGACGGGAGCUGUCGCCAAGGAGCAAGUGGCAGUCGUGACUCACAGACGCUUGCUCUCUGCAUCUCUGGACUCCAUUGAGAAGGCCCGCCAUUUUGUGGGUGGGAUGGAGCCAUCACAGGCCCCGCCCCCCCUCCUCGGCCCGGGUGCGGCUGUCCAUACCCCUGAGGCACCGUCAUCUACCUCGGCAGCUGGGGAGGCCCCUCCCUCAGGCGGCCAAGGGGACGGCCGCUGCUUGCCCCGCCCAGCCCACGGUGACGCGCCUCGGGGUCCGACCGCCGUCGUGGACCUCCCAGACCAGCCAGAGGACCGGGCAGGUCAGGGCGAGAUGGGGAUUGGGGCUGAGCUGGAUGAGGCCCAGAUGGAACACCCCGACCCCCGGGAGCCGGAGACGAGGACCACGUUCCCCGUCGCAGGUGGCGGCGGACCAGGGGAAGGAGAAACCUGGGGGCAGAGAGGGCCAAAGGCGGGGGAGGAGGAGGAGGAGGAGGCAGCAGAAGGGAGAGCCCCUCGGCGUCCAGACCCGGUCGGGGGUGCUGUGGAUCCAACCCUCCGUCAAGCAAGAGCUUGUUCAGGAGACUCCGUGUCAGCUGGGAGCCUCUCUGCUCCAACGGCCAGAGGCGGAAGGAAGGAGGAGGAGGACGGAAGCAAAGGCCAGAGCGACGCCCAGUCCACCGAGGCCUGGGAACCCGGCCCCGCCUCUCCCCUCACCGAGGGGCUCGGAGAGAGCGGGCCCAGCAGCCGAGGGACCCCAACGUCGAAGCGGCAGUCCGGCGAGACGGGGCCUGGUGGCUUUCUGGCCGGUGGGCCGUCUGCGACCCCCAGACAGGCCCAUCCCACUGACCACGAACCCGGGGAGGGCGAUGGGAUGUCUGGAGCGGGGGCCACGGAGAGCGCCCCGGCAGCCGGUCCGGGAGAGCCGUGCAUCAACGUCCCGGGACUGGAAAGGGAAGUAGCCAGCCGCACGGAAGAGAGCGGGAAGGCGGAGGCCGGGGAGAGCCCCCUCACGGAUGGAAUGGGGGGCCCUGAGACGCCCCCCUUAGGAGCUGGGAGCGGUGGUGAGGGGGAUCCUGAACCCCCUCCUCCAGGGGCGGCUCUGAGCUUCUGCAAGCUUCAGCCCGGCGCACCCGGUGACAGCCCUAAUGAUCUCCCCGCGGAAGCCGUGGGGUCCACGGCCCCGCUGCCUACCCCUGAUGAGGCCUUGGGGGAGAAUGGGGCUCCCAAAGUCCCUGGAAAGACCGUGGGCCCCAGCGGGAUCCCAAAGCCCAUCCUGGCACUGGCCAAGGGGCCCCCGCCACCCCAGGGUGAGGGGGACGGAGCUGGCGGCGAGAGGCUGGAAGAAAAGGCAGAAGCAAAGCCCCUCCUGGUCCCCAAACCCAAACACGUGAGGCCCAAGAUUAUCACCUACGUCCGGCGGAACCCCCCGGCCCUGUGCCCUCCGGACUCGGCCCCGCGCGGCUUGCCGCUACCCAAGGAGCCGAAACCCUUCGGCCCCGACCUCCCGCCAACCCCCAGCCCCUACGACAAGCUGAAACCGGACCUGCAGAAGCCGCGACUCUUCAGCUCGGGGCUGGUACUCUCUGGGAUCAGGCCGCCGGGCCAUCAUUUCAGUCAGAUGAGCGAAAAGUUCCUCCAGGAGGUUGCAGAGAGAACUGGGAAGGAGGAAUUUUGCUCCCCCGCCUACGCUCACUACGAAGUCCCGCCCAGUCUCUAUCGAUCUGCCAUGCUCCUGAAGCCUCAGUUGGGACUGGGGGCAAUGUCCCGCCUGCCACCUGCCAAAAACAGAAUCCUCAUGGCAGGGCAGAGGGCCUCGGGGACCUCCGUUCACCCCCAGGGGCCAAUAGCCAAUGCCACCAGUCUCUACCAUGCAGACCCCUCAGCUGAACUCAAGAAAGGCACCAGUUCCAGCGUGGCCAGGUCCAACCUCCUCAAGUCUGGGCUGCGGCCUCCCGGCUACUCGCGCCUUCCGGCCGCCAAACUGGCCGCUUUUGGCUUCGUCCGAAGCUCCAGCGUGUCUUCCGUCUCCAGCAACCAGUCUAGCGACGGCCUUCCCAGCGAUCCCGGCAAACUGGCCAACGGGGCGGCCUUUGGAAACGAGGAGCAGCCCACCCCCCGGACAACCGGGCCCCCGAGAGACGUGGCCAAGGGAGUCGGCCGGCCGCCACCGCCCGGACCCUGCAACCCGCCGGCCCCCCGGAGAAGCCUGCUCCCGGCUCCCAAAACCACCGUCAUCCCCGCUGGACUGAAGAAAGAAGCCCAGAAAGAUCCCGAAGCCAGUAAGACGGCGGGUUCCUCCCCAAAGAGGUUCGCCGCACCGAGCCCCAAGCUCCACUCGCCAGGCCACCCGAAAGCGAGGUCCACGGCCCCGCGAGACGGCUCUCCCGCCCCGCCGGACGCGCAGGCGCGGGAAGCCGAGAGGCAGCUCGUCCAGCGGCUGCAGGACAGGUGUGCGGAGCAGUACCGGCGACUCAGCCGCGUCCAGGGGGAGCUGAGAAGGGCCGUCCGAGGCUUCGAGGUGUUCGCCGUGUCCACCCAGCACUUCUUCGGGAAGAGCCAAAGCGCCCUCGAGAAAGAGAGAGAGCUGUCCGCCCAGCUCGCAAACAUCAGGGAUGAAGUCGCCUCCAACAGCGCCAGGUGCGAGGCGCUGCAGCGGGAGAAGGAGGAGCUGGAGAGGAGAUUCGAGGAGGAGGUGAGGAGGCUGCGCCGGCAGCAGCGGGCCGAGCUCCAGGAGCUGGAGGGGGCGCUCCGGGGCCGCUUCGCCGCCGAGACGGAGCGCCUGCGCCAAGACCACCUGCGCCACCUGGACGGCGUCAAGGGUCAGCAUCACCGGCAGGUGGAGCGGCUGUCGGCCGCCCACGAGGCGGCCCUGCUGGAGAUGGAAGCCGGCCACGCGGACGCCGUGGCGGCCCUGCGGGAGGACCACCGGCACAGGGUCGGAGAACUGACGUCCGCCCACGAGCUUGAAAAGAAGGAACUGGAAGAGAGUUUCGAGAAACUGCGCCUGUCGCUCCAGGACCAGGUGGACACCCUGACCUUCCAGAGCCAGGCGCUCAGAGCCCGGGCCAGGCGCUUCGAAGAGGCCUUGAGGAAGACCACGGAGGAGCAGCUGGAGGUGGCGCUGGCUCCGUACCAGCACUUGGAGGAAGACAUGAACAGCUUGAGACAGGUGUUGGAAAUGAAGAACCAACAGAUUCACAAGCAGGAGAAGAAGAUCGUCCAACUGGAGAAGCUGGCUGAAAAGAACAUCGUCCUGGAGGAGAAGAUCCAGGUCCUGCGGCAGCAGAACGAAGACCUCAGAGCCAGGAUCGAUCAGAACACGGUCGUCACAAGGCAGCUGUCCGAGGAGAACGCCAACCUCCAGGAGCACGUGGAGAAGGAGACGGAGGAGAAGAAGAGGCUGAGCCGCACCAACGAGGAGCUGCUCUGGAAGCUGCAGACGGGAGAUCCCGCCAGCCCGGUCAGGCUGUCCCCCACCUCCCCGGUCCGCCGCGCCGCGCCGGGCCCCCCGUCCCCCGCCGGAGCCGGCGGCGCGGCCCCGAGAUGA